GCCGCCUCAAGCACGUGCUUGAUUUGCUGGUGCCUAGAGCCGGCCCUGACUGUAACCACUUAACCAAAAAUAUUUUCCACGCUAGCCUUGAUUGUUUGAAGCAAUUCUGCCAAAGGCCACUAGAUGUCCCUACUUGACUAGUUUGUUCAAUAAAAAAAUGGUCAUGUGAUGUUCGGACUUACAUUUAUGCACCUUUCACCAUUUAACUUUGUUUACCGUAUUGACACUGGUGCAUCCUUGCAGCUUAGCAGGUGUGUAUGCAAGAUAACUAUUCUCUUUGUUUACUGUUUUGGAAUUGUGUUGGAGUAUUGCAAAACCUGUGCUCAACUUAAAUGCUGAGCUCUUGGGCAGUGCUUAAUUUGUAAUGAAAGAGGGGCUGAGACUCAAGCAAUUAGGUGCCGGGGUUCAAGAAAUUUUCUUACUUUCAUAACUGACAUGCAAAGCCCAUAGGGCCGGGGCUACAAACUGCCUACUUAGAGGUGCUGGGUCUGAGCCCUAGCGAGCCCCAGCACCAAUUAAGCACUGCUCUUGGUUAAUACUGGAAGUGUUUAGAAGCUUCCAUGUAUGUACAAACUAGUAAAUGUUUUAUAUAAUUAACCAGGUAUCUGGCAGCUGUAAGACAGCAUCUCCAUGUAUUUCUGUGAGAAAGGAGAGCAUGUAUAGAUAACCAGUUAUUUUUGAAUAUAUUUAAACUUGAUGUUUAAUUUUAACAGCUAUAUGGGGCUUUAAGUCCUACCAGAAGCUUUAAGUACCCAACCUGCUAUAUUACUUUUAAACUACUAGUAAAUAUCAGAAUUUUAAAAAUAUUUUAUGUUAUCUUAUUUGUCUUUAUGGUAAACCAAACAUGAGAACGCCAGUUCUGCAAAGAAUCUGUUGCAGGAGAGGCAUCCGCUUCCUCCAGAGUAGAAGCGUGUUCCAUGGGAAACAGUACGAGCAGGCUAUAUAGCGCUCUUGCUAAGACGUUGAACAGCAGUGCGGCCUCCCAGCAUCGGGAAUACUUGGAACAGUCAGACUCAGAGCAGCUGGAUCCCAUAGAUCCUAAAGCUCUGCUUCAAGAAUGCCAGGCAGUUCUUCAAAAACGCCCUCCCCGACUCCAGAGAGACUUUGUAGACCUGAGGGCAGAUUCUACCAGCACCCGUCGUCCCAUUAGGGUCAUGCAGUGGAACAUUCUUGCACAAGCUCUUGGAGAAGGCAAGGACAACUUUGUUCAGUGCCCCAUGGAAGCUCUCAAGUGGGAAGAAAGGAAAUGCCUCAUUCUGGAGGAAAUCCUUGCAUACCAACCAGACAUUUUGUGCUUGCAAGAAGUGGACCAUUUUUUUGAUACCUUUCAGCCACUCCUUAGUCGGCUAGGCUACCAGUGUACUUUCUUCCCUAAGCCAUGGUCCCCCUGUUUAGAUGUGGAACAUAACAAUGGGCCAGAUGGCUGUGCCUUGUUUUUUCUCAAGGACCGCUUUACAUUGAUCAACAGUGUUAAUAUCCGUCUAACUGCAAUGAAGCUAAAAACCAACCAAGUGGCCAUAGCCCAGACGCUGAGAUGCAGUGAAACUGGGAAGCUGUUCUGCAUUGCAGUCACUCAUUUGAAAGCCCGUACUGGCUGGGAGAGAUUUCGAUCAGCACAAGGCUGCGAUCUUCUACAGAACCUAAAAAAUAUUACCCAAGGAGCAGAGAUCCCUCUAAUAAUCUGUGGAGACUUCAAUGCAGAGCCCACCGAAGAAGUUUACAAGGAAUUCUCUAACUCCAGUCUCAACCUGAAUAGUGCUUACAAGCUGCUGAGUGCAGAUGGGCAAUCAGAGCCUCCUUACACUUCAUGGAAGAUCCGGCCCUCUGGAGAGUGCAGGCACACACUGGAUUAUAUCUGGUAUUCCCAGCAUGCCUUAAAUGUAAACUCUGCUCUUGGCUUGCUGACUGAAGAACAAAUUGGACCCAACAGGCUGCCAUCCUUCAAUUACCCUUCAGACCACCUGUCUUUGGUGUGUGACUUCAGCUUUAAUCAAGACCCUGACAGGCUUUUAUAACUUGUUUAAACUCCAUAUGGUAUUGCAGUGUCUUAACUCACCAUUUUUAAAGAAACUUUUGAUGAGGCUGGAUUUACUUAAGGAUGGGGUAUAUGGAUGGCUUAAUAUAUUUUCAGGCAUGUACUUGAAAGUAACUUUGCCAUUCAAACCUUAUAAUUUGAAGCCUCCAAAGGAGGAAAAAGGAGUUGACUGCCAAUUUUUGAGUUGCGAUGGUUUUGUUCAACAUGUGCUUUGCCACAUCUUAGUUUGAAAAUUGGAGGGGAAACUGCAUUCUUUCUCCCUUCAUUAACUCCUUUGUCUAAGGACUGAAUCAAUCCUGAAAUGAAUGUUCAGGCCUUUAGUUCUCAAGCUAAGAAUUCAGUGUAUAUGUACACAAACAAAAUUAGCAUGCUGUCAGGGCAAGUUUUAAUGUUUCCCCUUGGUGAACAUGCAAGGGUAAGAGGCUUGACUAUAUAAGUGUUUUUAUUUAUUUUUAUAUUGAUGUGUAAGCAAUGCAAUUGACCAAGUUGUGUUAAGUCUAAAUGUAGGAAACACAUGCAUUUCAGACACACAAGCAGAUCUAGGAAGGCCCUAGUAAUUCUGAAAUGAUUUGAGAUGGGAGAAUUAAUCUGUGUUUUAAGAACUGAUAGCAGCUUCCAUAGAGCAUGUAAUGUGAUGCAAAGCCUACUCCAGUAGGAGUGCCUAAGAGAGGAGACUUGACCAUAGUGUAUGAUGUAGUAGUACCUUCAGUUUUGCAGAAAAUGUGCCUGCAUCAAUGCAUAUGUGGCCUGUAGAGACACAAAGUUGUAACUACUAUUUUCCCUGCACUUCCUUUCAAAGGACAUACUUAAUCCAGGAAUAUUUUGCCUGUCAGUUUAAUGCCACACAUUUCUAAAUGGUUUAAAUUUAUAGUCUUAUUUAGUCUUGUCAUAGUUUUACUAACUGUUUUGAUAAAGGUCCGAUCUUCAUGUUAAGCCCCACUUCCCCUGCCUUUUUUUGUGUAUGUUGCAUUGCAUUUUGAAGACUUAACACUGGCAUUUUUAGAAAAUGGUAAACAAUGUAUUGAGAGGGACUGAUGGCUCUGCCUCUGCCAUUAUAAAACACAGGACAAAAAGGGUUGGCAGCAGUCUUGAGUUUCUCUUUUUUGUGGGUAAGUGGAACUCUAGCAAUGCAUUAAACUAUGGGAGGGAGAAAAAUAUUAGUAUAAGCAGCUCUUGCCAGCCUUGCUAAGUGGGGAGUGCUUUUCUCCACCAAGAAGGUCCUGUAGCUAUGGGUUGUGAAUACAGCAGUGAGGGGUUUUUGUUGAAGUAGAGGUGGCGAGGGAGGGAAUGGUGGCUGGAGUGGGGAAGCCAUGGGGCUGACUUUCAGCGGGUGGGGGGAAAAGGAACCACACAGAGGGCAAUUCCAAGCUAAAGCAGUAUUUCAUUUCAAGUAAUGUUACUGGCCCAUUCUGAAUUGUAAGUGUUCCAAAUACAUUAAUAAAUGGCCUUUUAAAACAA